CUUAACCUGUCAUCAUUUAAGAAAGAACAGAUUAUAUACAUCAGCUUAACCACUUUUACAGGUUUUCUUUUCAAAAUCUCUCUCUCUCUCUAAUCAGUUUCCUUCUGAUCCGACCUUGGUCUCUGUGAGAUAUAUUCUUGGAUUUUCUGUGCUGAUUGAAGCUUAGUAUUUGGAUUUUCAUUCAUUGCGGUCUUAUGGCUUGAAUUUUUCAUUUUUGGAGUUCAAGUGCUCAAGUGCUUAUUGUUAGGUCAAAACUGAUUAUUUUCAAAUUUCCAGAUUUUUUGUGGACUUCCUGGGCUUUAUCAAACAUCUAUGAAGAACAACAAUAAUUCUCGGCUCUUAUUAAUUAUCAGUUUUCUGUUAGUGACCGUUGUGGUUGAUUUAACAUCAGCAGCUGAUUAUGUACCAACAGAUAAAAUUUUAUUGAACUGUGGAGGUCCCCCUGAUUCUAGUGAUACUGAUAAUCGAAAAUGGACAUCAGAUAUUGGAUCAAAGUUUGCAUCUUCUCGCGGAAACACUUCGACGGCCACUGCUGCUACCCAGAAACCCUCUGUACCCGAUGUACCUUAUAUGACUGCCAGGAUUUUCCAAUCCGAGUAUACCUAUAAUUUCCCCGUUGCACCAGGCCGUAAAUAUGUCCGUUUGUACUUUUAUCCUGCAUCCUAUAAUGGCCUAGAUGCUUUCAAUGGUGUCUUCACGGUUACUUCUGGGCCAUAUACCCUGUUGAAAAACUUUAGUGCUGCACAAACUGUUGAAGCCCUGAACUAUGAUUUUUUGAUGAAGGAGUUCUCUGUCAAUGUCCUGUCCGAAGUGUUAAGUCUAACUUUCAUACCGUCCCAGGAUAUUUCUAACUCUUAUGCAUAUGUGAAUGGGAUUGAGAUUGUUUCGCAUCCUGACAUUUACAGUACGGAUGGGACUAUUAUUAUUGUUGGUCAAUCGACUGCAUUCAAUAUUGACAACAGUACUGCACUUGAAAAUGUAUAUCGGCUGAAUGUAGGUGGAAACGACAUUUCACCAUCCAGCGAUACAGGUCUUUUUAGGUCGUGGCAUGAUGAUUCAAUGUACAUAUUUAGUGCUGCCAGUGGUGUAACAGAGACAACAGAUCCAGAUGUGAAGGUCAGCUACCCUCCAGGAACACCAACUUAUAUUGCCCCAAUUGAUGUAUACAGCACUCUUAGAUCAAUGGGUCCCAAUGCAUCUGUUAACAUGAACUACAACUUGACUUGGCUCUUUCCUAUUGACUCGGGUUUCUCUUACCUGGUUAGGCUCCAUUUCUGUGAGACAACAGAUGUUAUUACAAAGAUAAACCAAAGAGUGUUCAGUAUCUUCCUUAAUAAUAAGACUGCAGAGCGGCAGGCAGAUGUAAUUGCUUGGGCAGGAGAAAGUAAUGGGGUUCCAGUUCACAGGGAUUAUGUGGUUGUUGUUCCUUCUGGGCAGGCUGACCCAGAACUUUGGCUCGGUCUGCAUCCUAACCCUGCCACAAGGCCCGAGUAUUAUGAUGCUAUCUUGAAUGGGGUAGAAAUAUUCAAAGUAAAUGAUACUAAAGGCAAUCUUGCCGGUCCAAAUCCAAUUCCUGUUCAACAACCACAAGACAACUUGUUAAAUAACCAAUCAUCUGGAAAGGGGAAAUCGAUGAACCAAAAAAUCAUUGGAGGCGGAGUUGGUGGUGGAAUUGCUGCAAUUCUUCUUGUUGGUUUGUUUGUGUGUCUUGUAUCCCGACGGAAGCACAAAAAGGAUUCUAGUACCAGUGACGGGUGGCUUCCUUUAUCUUUGUAUGGAAAUUCUCAUACUUCAGGUUCUGCUAAGACGAACACCACGGGAAGCUAUGCCUCCUCCCUCCCAUCAAACCUUUGCCGCCACUUCUCGAUUUCUGAAAUCAAGACUGCCACUAAUAACUUCGAUGAGGCUCUCCUCCUAGGGGUUGGAGGUUUUGGUAAGGUUUAUCGAGGAGAGAUUGACGGUGGCACAAAAGUGGCUAUUAAGCGUGGGAACCCACUCUCUGAACAGGGAGUGCAUGAAUUCCAAACUGAGAUCGAAAUGCUCUCAAAACUUCGCCACCGCCACCUUGUUUCACUGAUUGGAUAUUGUGAAGAGAACUGCGAAAUGAUUCUUGUAUAUGAUUACAUGGCUCAUGGAACUCUUCGUGAGCAUCUGUACAAGACCCAAAAGCCUCCGUUGCCAUGGAAGCAGAGGCUUGAGAUUUGCAUUGGUGCUGCUCGAGGUUUGCACUAUUUACACACGGGUGCCAAACAUACUAUUAUCCAUCGUGAUGUCAAGACUACUAACAUCCUCUUGGAUGAAAAGUGGGUGGCUAAGGUUUCAGAUUUUGGGCUUUCAAAAACAGGUCCUUCACUGGAUCACACCCAUGUCAGCACAGUGGUGAAGGGUAGUUUUGGUUAUCUAGAUCCUGAGUACUUCAGGAGACAGCAAUUGACCGAAAAAUCUGAUGUCUACUCGUAUGGAGUUGUACUUUUUGAGAUCUUGUGUGCUCGUCCAGCUUUAAAUCCAACACUUCCCAAGGAACAAGUUAGCUUGGCCGAGUGGGCUCAACAUUGCUAUAAGAAGGGCAUUCUUGAUCAGAUUAUGGAUCCAUACCUUAAGGGAAAGAUUGCACCCGAGUGCUUUAAGAAAUUUGCGGAGGCAGCAGUGAAGUGCGUUUCUGAUGUCGGAACCGACAGGCCUUCCAUGGGUGAUGUGCUGUGGAAUCUUGAGUUUGCUCUGCAGCUUCAGGAGAGUGCUGAGGAAAGUGGCAAAGGUCUCGGAGGAAUGGACAUUGAAGAGGGGUCAUUUGACGUCCCAUGCAAAGGAAAAGACCGAGAUGCAUCCCCGGGUUUUGAUGGCAACAUAACAGAUUCAAAAAGUAGUGGAAUGUCCAUGAGCAUUGGCGGUCGGAGUCUUGCCAGUACAGACUCGGAUGGGUUGACACCAAGUGCUGUGUUUUCACAGAUAAUGAACCCCAAAGGGCGCUAAUAUUUGUCGGUGGUAAGCCAGGGUUCUCUACAUCUACCAUACAUCUACCAUCAUUCGCAGAGUUGUUGUUGUCAUUUUUAUGUAUCUUACACUUAUAUUCAACUAUUCGAACAUUUUGGUUUUGAUAUUGAUAUUUCGUCCUGGAAUCCUUGUAUAAGUUGAAGUAUUUAUUACAUGGGAAAGUGUUCUAUCUGUGAGUGACGGAGUUGUUCAUUUGGCAGUUGGACCUCUUAAUUCCUGUAUUAUCAUGUUAAAUUUAACUGUUCUCAGGGUUUCUCUU